AUGGAACCAAUAGAAAUAACAGAAAUAGUAGAAACAACAAAAGCAGCAGAAACAACAGAAAUAGCCAAAACAGCAGAAAUAAUAGAAAUAGUAGAAACAACAGAAACAACAAAUACAACAGAAACAAUAGAAAUAUUAAAUACAACAGAAGAAGACAAUGCACUAUCAAAUACAGAAAAUUUAAAAUGCUUAUUUAAAAAUUUAGUAAAAAAAUAUAAAAAUACAGACCUUGAAUUAAUUGAAU